UCGACGGCGUCCCCCGCACGACACGCCAGACCCGCACGACACACUCCGGCCCUCCGGAUCGCGGCCUGGGUCAGGCUGAGGCGCUGCCAGGGCGAGAGAGCGAGCUUCUUCCUACCGGCAACCGCUUGCUCCCUUUUCACUCCUUUUUCCUCCACUCUCGCCUUUCUAUCCCUCCAAUCCCUUCAUCCGGCCUCGCCGAUUUCCCCCCUAUUCCCCCUCGUCACCACGACGCCAAAGUAGCUCACAAGCCUCCCAACGGUCUUUAUUGUCGUCUCCUACCCUUGAGCUACCAAGAUGACUGCCACUCUGUCCUCAGCUGCACCCUCUGCCAAGGCUAGCACCUACUCUGCCCACCUCACCAACGGCGACCCUUCAAAAGCAUCGGCCGCCUACAAGCCUACUCACCCUGGCCGCUUCCAAGUCAAGUUCCAGCCGGGCUCCUACAACUCGUGCUUGGUCACGCAGCGUCGCUUCGCCAAGGAUGAGACGCUCGCUAUGAUGGACAGCGCAGAGUACAGCAACGAGAAGCGCUACUCUACUGUUCAGGUCGGCAAGGACAGACACAUUGAGCUCAACAGCGAUCUCCUCUACAUCAACCACUCAUGCGAGCCCUCAGUCCGCUUCGAGGUCGAUGGGCCCCACGACACCUGGAAGGCAGUCGCCGAGCGAGACAUCGAAGCCGGCGAGGCCCUCUCCUUCUUCUACCCCUCGACCGAAUGGAGCAUGUCCCAGCCUUUCCCGUGCAACUGUGGCUCCAAGUCGUGCCUCGACCGCAUCUCUGGCGCCAAGGACAUCCCUGCCCAGACGCUGCGAAAGUACUUUGUCAAUAAGCACAUUCAGGAGCUCAAGGACGAGCAGUCCGCGGUCUAGGCGCGCUCGCAGUCGCGGUCACUUGCGAACGUCCAUCUAUAGUCUUGUAUAAUGGUCUUAAAAUUUAUUGCCAAGUAGACAUCAUCAGAAA